UAAGGCUGCAGAGCGCUAUAAGGCCCUAAUGUGCAAUGUCAGGAAAGGAAAAUCCAAGGUCAUCGUGCCUAAUAGUACAAUGCAAAAAUGGAAGGAGGCAUGGAGUAGCCCAGAGUUUAAAGCCAAGAGCCAUCAAUUCACUGCUAACCGUUGUAGUGAGAUAGGGGGAGUUGGGGCAGGCAUCUCUAGACACACAGGGGGUUCAGUUUCACAUGCUACUCACGCAGAUAGAAUGGAAGCCCAGCUUGUACGAAGACCUUUUCCUUAUGAACUUUUCCAUAAGACCCACACUAGGAAAGGCACCUCCGAUAUGGUUGAUUCACGAGCGCAAUCAAUUAAGGAUGCAUUUUUGGCGCUUAAGGAGCAGUCGUCUCAACCACAAGAGGGGUGCAGUGACCCUCCUAUUGUAGAUGAGGUCGCACUAUAUUAUCAAGUUGUGGGGGGGGAGAAGAAGAACAGGGUUUAUGGCAUUGGAUCUCAAGCAUCAAUUUUUUACCCUAGCUCAUCACAUGGAUCAUCUUCAUCGCAUCCUAUUGUGCUCGAUCGAGGCAAUGCAGAAGAGAUUCAACAAUUGCAUCAGACUAUUGCAACGCUCAAGGAUAGUUUGGUUGCAAUGGAGGAGAGAGAUCGACAACGCGAGUUGAUGCUAGAGGAGAGAUAUAGACAACGUGAGCAGACAUUGGAGGAGCGCAUGCAACAAAUGAUGCAAAACAUGAUGUCACAAAUGAUGCAGUGCGAUUCAUGA